AUGGCUCCUCGACCUGCCAAAAGGCAGCGCAGAUCUACCAUCGUCCUUUCAGACGGCAGCGAUGAAGACUUGGACCUGCCGUCUCCCAAACCUGCACGAGCGGGUCUCCAGCGGGAGAUCACACUCGAUGGAAGAACAUCUACAACAGUCUCUCCAGUGAAGUCUACUACGACUAGGUCUGCCUCCAGAAAGGCUGCGGUUAAACCCUCCCCAACAUCCUCACCCGAGAAAGCGAGAAAGAAUACCAAAGUCAAGUACGAGGUAGAGAAGAACAAAUCACUGCACAACUUCUUUCAUAAGGCGACAGAAGACCAGAGAUGGAAGAGAAAGUCCGAGACGCCAGAUGUAGAGGUGCAAGAUAAUGGCGAGUUGAGUGAUGCCAUCGAAGACGACGAUCUGUCCGACGAAACUUUGCAGGAACUAGGAUUCACCAGGGGCCGAGCCGACGACAAUGCAAACAGACAUAUACCUGGCGCUGUGUCUGCAACGGCGACCUCUAAGCGUAAUGCUCACGGUGGGAGUCUACCAUCCACCCAGAGAUUCGUCAAGCCUGCGGCAGCAGACCGACCUGUCAACAAUCUUGGAGACCCGUCUCAGAUUGAUAACCACAACCACCGCCCCUGGGCCGACCGUUAUGGACCAACCAACCUCGAGGAGCUUAUGGUCCACAAGAAGAAGGUGUCAGAUGUUCAAAAUUGGCUGCAGGGCAAGUUGGAUGGGCGCAACAAUCAGCAAUUGCUAGUACUAAAAGGCCCGGCGGGCAGUGGCAAGACUACGACCGUAGGUCUGCUUGCGAAAGCUCUGGGCUUACAGCUCGUCUCAUGGCAUAAUCCUGCUGUUUCGGAAGGGGGUGCGGGCAACUCAAUAUCCGCCCAAUUCGACGAGUUCUUGAAUCGAGGUGGUCAAUUCAGUAGUCUGGCUUUUGAUCAGGAUUUUUCCGAGGGAGAUGCAAUCAAAGGAGACUCAAACAGGCGACUUCUGGUCAUUGAAGAGUUCCCAUCAACGAUGACGAGGUCCUCGAAUGCCCUUCAGUCAUUCAGAUCCGUCAUCCUGCGCUUUCUAGCUCAAGCUAGCAGGUCUGCUUCCAUGGCAUUUCGUGGCCAACAGAAUCUCAAAGAUAUUUACCCGUCUGUGGUUAUCAUCGUCUCUGAGACUUUGUUGUCCUCUUCCACAGCACUGACGGACAGCCUCACAGCUCACCGGUUGUUGGGUGCAGAGAUCUUGAAUCAUCCUUUUGUAACCACCAUGGAUUUCAACCCCGUUGCGCCUACCUUCGUCACAAAAGCGCUCGACCUAGUGAUCAAAAAGGAAGCGAGAGACUCACGUCGACGUCGAAUCCCGGGCCCAGCCAUCAUCACAAGGCUAGCUGAGAUGGGCGACGUCCGUAGCGCGGUCAAUUCACUUGAGUUUUUGUGCGUGAGAGGAGGGGAUGGGUUGGAAUGGUCUGGUACAGUUGCUGCGAAGGCGAAACGGCCAUCGAAGAAUAAGGAGAACUUGGCAUUGACAGAGGUGGAAAAGAAUUCCUUGCAACUGGUCUGCCAGCGCGAAACAACCCUUGACAUGUUCCAUGCUGCAGGAAAAAUCGUCUACAACAAACGCGAAGAUCCACGAGUACUAGACACUAGAGCUCAACCACCACCAAAGCCACCCGAUCAUCUCAUGCAUCUCUACACUCCAAAGGCGUCCGAAGUGGAUAUUGAAGCCUUGCUCAACGAGACAGGCACAGACAUUCAGACAUUCAUCUCUACAUUGCACGAAAAUUACAUCCUGUCAUGCAAUGGUGAUACAUUCGAGGAGCGUUUCGAAGGCUGUUCUGACAUCCUCUCCGCAAGUGAUGUCUUGAAUCCUGAAAUCCGCCAAAUGAAGCGGCGCCAUAACAAUUCAAAUCCCAAUUUUGGGACAGUGCAGUCAAACGUCCAGGCUGGAACUUCGGAUACGCUGCGGCAGGACGAAAUCAGCUUCCAUGUUGCCACGAGAGGCCUGUUGUUCAAUUUACCACAUCCGGUUACUCGAGCGGCGGUCACGGUACCAGGUGCUAAAAGAGGAGAUUCGUUCAAAAUGUUUUACCCAGCCAGUCUGAGGUUGUGGAAACCCAUCGAGGAGACGGAGGGUCUCUUGGAGACGUUUGUCUAUGGCGGUGGAAUGCUGGCCGAGGGAGCCGACGUAUCUUCUGUGUUUACUUCUACGAGCGGGAUGGGUGAUGGAGGCGUCGCGAACUGGCGAACGAAAGAGUUUGCGCUAGACAGCGCCAGCAGGGAGUCUUCGACACAAGUCAAAGAAGAGCCGACAGACACAGCCACCCCCAACGUCUUAUCUGAAGGCCCGGAAGGGGCUGAGAACAACCCACCGCCCCCGGUUGUGUACUCGAAGGAUACAUUGGCAACCGAGCUUUUGCCGUACAUGACUCGCAUCCUUGCGGCAAGGAGACGGGAUACAACAGUCUUGGAGAAGAUCACCAAGUUCAAGCCUACCAGCUAUAUUUCCACAGAUGAAGAUGGAUUUGAAGAAGACGACAUGACUGCGAAUGCCAUAUCUGGCGAAGGUCUUGGGCUUACACAGCCUCCCACUCCCGCCACCAGAAGCGCAAACGGAAGACUCAGCAAUGACCCCCCGAGACAAGGUUUCGGCUCGACGCAGGGUCUCACGAAUUUGAAGAAUGACAUGCCAGUAGUGGCUGAUAUGGGCGUGGGGAAGCUCUACAUCUCCGACGACGACAUCGAGGACGACUGA